CCACGCGGGACUGCAGACGGGGGACCUGGGGAUACAGGCCAGGUGACAGGGGAUGCAGAUAGGACGUGAGGAUGUAGACACAGGGCAUGGGGUUGUAGACCAGGCAGCAUGGGGGUGCUCACAGGAAAUAGUGCAGAUGGGGGAUGUAGGGAUGCAGAUGAGGACAUGGGCAUGCGGACAGAAAUGCAGACUCGGGGGCAUAGAAUUCAAUUAGGGAGCGCUGGAGAUGAGGAUGCAUACAGGCUUAUGGGGGCCAGGCCCAGGCGACGGGGAUUUGGGAAGGUUGGACCUCUCUCCUCAGCGCCCCACCCUCCAGCAGGACAAAGAGAAAAAGAAGAAAGAAAGCAUCUUGGACCUGUCUAAGUACAUUGAUAAGACCAUUCGAGUGAAGUUCCAGGGUGGCCGGGAAGCCAGCGGUAUCCUGAAAGGGUUUGACCCACUGCUCAACCUGGUGCUGGAUGGAACCAUUGAGUAUAUGCGAGACCCUGACGACCAGUACAAGCUAACGGAGGACACUCGGCAGCUGGGGCUUGUGGUGUGUCGUGGCACCUCGGUGGUGCUCAUCUGCCCACAGGAUGGCAUGGAAGCCAUCCCCAACCCCUUCGUGCAGCAGCAGGACAGUUAGCAGCAGCCAUGGCGGGCGGCCCGGCCAGGGGCCUUCCUUCUAUGGGGUGAACUUCUGUUUGAUGGUCUUUUGUUCUCGUUUUCUUUUAUUUUUUAAUAAAAUUGCCCACGUGAGCAUCCUGGUUCCCUCCCCCACA